AUGGCCCAGGAGUGCAGCAUGGCCCAGGAGUGCAGCAUGGCCCAGGAGUGCAGCAUGGCCCAGGGUGCACUCCUAUCUCCUUCCCUCUCCACCCAGUCUCCUGAAGAGCGUAUCGCUAGCCGCCGCCGCCUCACCGCUGCCCGCCUCGAUGCCAAGCGCCGGGAGACCCUUGGAGAUGCUGCAGAGUUGAAGGUGGCUGUGGAGGAGGAAGAGCAGAGAAAGAGCCACAAGCUGAUUGAGGAGACAAAUCGGAAGCUGACCAAGCUGCUCUUUGAUGGCACGCAGUUGGUGACAAACAUCCAGGUUGCUGCUGACUUGAGGGAAACACAGAGGAGAGCAGAAGGGGCAGAGCUGAAGCUGCAGAGGGUGAAGAAGCUGGAGGAUGAAGCCAAGUCUAACGCAUACAAGCUUGAGGAGAUCACCUCUAAGUGGGCCUUGGCCAAGGAAAUGAAGAUCCCACAGGAGCUGUGGCAGCUGCUGAACCAACAGCAGCAACAGUGCACGCUCCUUCUGGAGGAGAAGAACAAACUCAUCAGUCACCUGAAGCAGGAGCUGAAAAACAAAGAUGAGCAAUAUGUGGAGGCCAUCAAGAAGCAGUCAGAGGAUAUCCACCUGCUUUUGGAGAGAAUGGAGGAACAGACCAGAUUCAUGCUGAAAACUUACCGCCACAAGCUGCUGCAGAUUGAGAAAGCUUUUGAGCUGGAACGUCGAGAGCUGCUGGACAACAACAAGAAGAAGUGGGAUGAAGCCAUCCUGGCCCACAACACACAGCAGCUGGAAUACCUGCAUGCCCGUAUGAGGAAGGUGAAGGAGUAUGAGAGACAGCUCAGUCAGCUGCGGGCACAGGAUGAGGAGGAGUACACCAGCAUGAAGAUCCAGCUGCAGAGCGAUGUGCAGAACCUGGAGAAGCAGCUCCAGCAGGCGAAAGCCAUCUACCGGCUGAACCAGGAGAAGCUGGAGUACAACCUCCUGGUGCUCAAGAAGCAGGAUGAGGAGAACACCAUCCUCAGAUCCCAGCAGAAGAGGAAGAUCAACAGGCUCCACAGCUUGCUCAACAACCUGAGAACAAAACUGGCCAACCAAGAGAAGCAGCUUGAGGAAGAGAAGCAGAGCCUGGCAGCCUACUGCAAGUCCAUCAAGAGACACUGCAAGGAGGUGCAGAGGAGGAUGAGGCACUCUGCUGCCGUUGAUGCUGCAAAGUUCCUGGAGGUCUGGCUUAUGAACGAGAAGGAAGCCAAAGGGCUGAUACAGAAAGCCUUGGAUGCAGAUCGCAUCAUCCACACCCAGCUGCUGGGGCUGCCCUGGGAACAGCCUCAUUAUUGGUUCCUUGACAAUGUUGGCCCUCUCAAGUGUGCCAAGGAGAAGAGGAUGGCAACCAAGCUGGCUGAGGAGGUCCUGACAGAGAGCACAUCUAGGGGACAGCAGGAGGAAGAAGGAGGAGAGAAGGGAGUGGACAGUGGAGAAGGAGGAAAAGAAAACACAGAGAAGGCUGAGGAUAGAGUCACACCUUUGAGAAAUAUCUCCAAGAAGACUGCCAAGAAGAUCCUGGAGCUCGUGAGCGAUGAGUUGGCUUUCCUUGUUCCAAGCACAUUGUUGAAGCCCCUGCAGACACUGAAGAGGCAUGAGCACACCCUCAUGAAGCUUGACUCCAUCUUUUCAGCCCUCAAGAUUGACAGUGAGGAUGACCUGUAUCAGCUGCUGGAUUUUUUCCUGAAGUACAAAGCCCAAGGAAUGACUGUCAGCCAGAUCCAAGACAGCCCAGGUGGGGAAGAUGUCAUGGAUCCAGCCAAGGACAGAGAAGAAGGUGAAUCUAGUUGGCAGAAGGAGAAGCUCAAGUCCCCUAGCAGCUCGCUCUGCACCCUUCCUUCCAUGUAUUUCCAUGCUGAUGACGUCCUGAAGAUCCUGAAGGCGUUUAUGAAGGAUCGCACCAAGCCCAGGGAGAAGGAUGAACCAGCCAAGAAGGUGCUACAGGUACAGGACAGCUCCAAGGAUGGAGAAUACUGGGAAGCCUUGGCACAUGUUAUACCUGAGCCAACACUGAAGCUGUGGGAUGCACUGGCAGUGGCACUGGGAGAAUAUUACAAGGUGCUCACAGGCCGGGUCAGCCUUCUCUCCAAAGUAGCUGCUCUGCAGCAGGAGAACUCAGAGCUGUAUACCCUGCUCAAGGAGUUCAUCAGCUCCAAGGUGAGUACCAACCUGCUCCCCCCUCCCAUGCAGGAGAUGGACCUCUGUCCUGGGGAAGUGCAGUGA